UGUGUGUCGGUUUAAAGUACUGUGCGGAACAUUCCAGGACAGACAAACACGCGCUGAUCCAGGAACGGAGCGACUAAAGAAAAACCAAAGGUUUGACUCUGAGGGAUAAUUACUCAGGACGAAGCAGAUCCAGAGAAGAAUCCACACAGAUAAAAAUGCCAGGUGAGCGGUUGACAGUAAGAGACACGUCAGAGGUGGGGCGUUUCCCUGGAGCAGCCCCACCGACCAGGGUGGAGCUGACCAUUCAGAAAGAGGGGGAGAAGAAAGAGGAGGAGGGAGGCUGUCGUCGCUGGUUCAGGAAGAUGUGUCCGUGCUGCUGUAAGCGCCAGAACAGCACCACCUAUGAUGUUACAGAUAAGGUGGAAUUGGUCAAAACCCCGGCCCCCGCACCGGCCCCGGAGCCCGCCAAGCCAAAGCCUGAGAAUGGAGAAGCAAAGGAAAUGGAAGGUACUGACUUUUGGGAAAUAAAGUUGUCGGUGCGUUCUGUGGACCUGCUGAGCUCCAAGACAGGUCAGAACAGACAGGAGCACCACACCGACUUGUAUCACGGGGAUGAGCUGAUCAUCCGCAGAGGACAGACCUUCCAGAUAGAGCUGGAGCUCAACAAGCCCUUCAAUGCUAACACUGACAAGCUGCAUCUGGACCUGAAAACAGGUCCCCUGCCCAUGGUGUCCAAAGGCACCCAUGUCAUCAUUCCACUGGUGGAUGACCUGCAGGAUGAACGCUGGGAAGCCAAGAUUGUAGAGCAGAAUGGCAACAAGAUCAAGCUGUCCAUAAACUCACCGGCCAGUGCUGUGAUUGGCCUAUAUGGGCUCAUGGUGACAACUAGCUCCUCAAAGGGCGAGGAAGCAAAUACUUACAACUCCAACAAGAACAUCGUCAUGCUCUUCAACCCUUGGUGUGAAGAGGACACAGUGUUCAUGGAUGAAGAGGAGGAGAGGAAGGAGUAUGUUCUGAAUGACACCGGAAGGAUUUACUAUGGCACAGAGAAACAAAUAGGUGCCCGCACAUGGAACUUUGGGCAGUUUCAUGAGGGAAUCCUGGAAGCAUGUCUGUUUAUCCUGGAGAAGAGUGACAUGCCUGCAUCUGGUCGAGGGGAUUCUGUCAAUGUGGUUAGAGUCAUAUCUGCCAUGAUAAACGCUCAGGAUGACUUUGGGGUUCUGGUAGGGAACUGGUCUGGGAAUUACUCUGAUGGAGUCUCUCCUGGGGCGUGGAGCAGCAGCGUGGAGAUCCUGAGGAAAUACCACUCCUCCAAUGGAACGCCUGUGUCAUACGGACAGUGUUGGGUCUUCUCUGGGGUCACUACGACAGUGCUGCGGUGUCUUGGUAUACCCGCCCGCAGUGUGACCAACUUCCAGUCUGCUCAUGAUACUGAUGUAUCCCUCACUACAGAUGUCUAUUUGGAUGAGAAUAUGGAGCCGAUCGACUACCUCAAUAGUGACUCUGUGUGGAACUUCCACGUAUGGAAUGACUGCUGGAUGGCGAGACCAGACCUGCCCCCUGGUCACGGAGGCUGGCAGGCUGUUGACUCUACUCCCCAAGAAACUAGUCAGGGCACCUUCCGCUGCGGCCCCGCCUCUGUCAGCGCCAUCCGCUCUGGCCAGGUCUACCUCAAACACGACACGCCGUUUGUCUUCGCUGAGGUCAACAGUGAUAAGAUCUACUGGCAGAGGAACCUGGACGGUACUUUCAGGCAGAUCUACAAUGAGAAGAAAGCUGUCGGCCACUUCAUCAGCACCAAAGCAGUGGGCUCUGACGAGCGGGCAGACAUCACACACCUGUACAAACACCAAGAAGGUUCAGAAGAGGAACGCUUUGCUGUGGAGACUGCCAGUCGCUAUGGCAGCAAGCCAGAUGUCUACUCCUCGCCCGUGGCAGAAGAUGUGUGCAUAGAGGUGAAGGUGGAGGGUGAGGGGCCCAGGAUGGGUGCUGACGCCCAGUUGACCAUCCUAGUGAAGAACCUGAGCUCGCAUCCUCGUCGGACCACUCUGCACAGCCAGGUGGCUGUCAUAUACUACACUGGUGUACUGAAAGGAACCAUCAAGAAGGAGCUGAUGCCUGUGGAGCUUUUGCCCAAUGAAGAAAAGACCAUCGAGUGGGUGCUGCCCUACCAACAGUACCAAAACCAGCUGGUUGAUCAAGCAGCUCUGAUGCUGACCCUGUCUGGAAGAGUCAGUGAGACCCAGCAAGUAUUAGCCAACCAGACCACCUUCAGGCUCCGUACGCCUGACCUCAGCAUUACGCCUUUGGGAGACGCUGUGGUUGGUAAGGAGACGGCAGCCAAAAUUAUCUUCACCAACCCCCUGCCACGUACACUAAAGGGAGUGGUGUUCAGAGUGGAGGGCCUGGGUCUGCAGAAAGGCCAUGAAGUGGUUGUGGGUGACAUCAACGGCCACUCCACAGUGACACUGACGGAGCACUUCAUCCCCACCCAGCCCGGACCCAGGAAGCUGGUGGCGUCUCUUGACUGUAAACAGCUCACACAAGUGCACGGAGUGGCUGAUAUUGUCGUUCUCGAGCAAUGAGAGGGAGCUAGCAACAUCACUUCCUGUCCUGCUUCUCUCACAUCACUUUUUCCUAUAUCUUAAACUAUCUUGUUUAUUUUGUAUUAUAGCAAAUGUUUAAUUUUUUAACAUUUUUAAAACUAUGAACAGACAAUUAACAAUGUAGCAAUAUCAGUAUUAUUUUUUAACUGAUAUAAUAUAAAUUCACACUUCUGCCUUGCUCUGAAAUGUCAAAACUGUGGUGAAGUAUGCAGCAGGGGAACAGCAAAUGAAGUGCUUUAAUUAACAAGCAUUAUUAUGUUGACUUUAUAAAACUAUCAGAUUACAUAGACUGUCCUCACACCAGUGCAAGACAGUGAAGAAAUCAUGUGAAUAUGUGUGUGUAUUAUUCAUUAGUAUUGUGAGACAAAAUGACAUGAAGGAAGUGCACUGUGAGAUGUUUUUAAAGGGAAUGAUGUUUAAAAUUGGCAUUGACAUUUUGCAAAGAGCACAUUCAAAUUUGCCAUGUUUUUUUCUGUUACACUGGACUGAAACAUUUGUAAUUAUUGUUGAAAGUUAGAGUCAUUUUUCGUAGAUUUCCUGAAUUUUAAAUCUACAAGGGCGUGGCUAAAAGGUUAUUUUAACCAUCAAAUGAAAUCAAAUUCAUAAUGUCUACUUUAUUUUGAAAACCAACAAAUGACCACUACGACUAAAACUGAAAUGUCUCCAUUUGCAGAAUGCAAACCCAAAUGUUCCCUCAGGAAGAAUUGUGCCAGAUGUUGUUUUGUACGUCUUGUGUGUGUGUGUGUGUGUAUAAUAACAAUGACUGUCAGCUUUACAGCAUAUUGCAACCUACCUACAAAAUGUUUUCUCUGCUGUGAGUUCCAGCAAACUAUAUCAGAACAGAGACCGCAGUGGCCUUAAUUCACCUUAGCUUUACCUGCCUCUCGUCUGUUUAAUUUCAGCACUCAAAGUACAAUGUGAAGGAAACUAUUUUAAUAACAUUAGACUAUUUAUCUGCCUUAUCUACCUGGAAUGGGGUGUUUUUUUUUGCUUUUGUAUGUGUUGGUAAUAAAACUUACACUGACAUGA